AAGGAGAGCAGUACAUUUAUGAACGCUCAUGGGAAUUGGCACCCAAGUGGUUCGAAGUGCAUCAUUCCUCGUUUGGCACAUGUAAAUAACCAGAACUAGAUAAAUCGACGGCUCAGAUAAGACAGUCAAUAUUUAAAUCUCCUCACUGACCGACUAGCUAUGCUUUUGGUGGUGGUGCCGGCGGCUGGAUGUGUGUAUGUACCCAUGUAUAUAUGUAUCUGUGUCUAUGGAGCUAGCUCGAAAGCAUCCAGAGGCAAAAACGUCCGUGUGAGUUUCGACUCCUCUUGUUAUCAGCAUCAAACCACCAGAACUAUCUAAGGGACAAACUGGAACAAAAAAGAUUAGAAACACAUUCAACACAAACACAUUCACCGAGACCGACACUCAGUCGCUGCCAAUCUAUCCCCGGCAUCACUCCAUUGAAAAAGAUAAACGCAUCUCUGAAAAUACACCUCGUGAUUUGAUCCCUGCCUCGUUAACCCUCAUCUGCUCACUGUUCUCCUGGUUCCUCAUAUUUCUCAUCUUUGUGAGGCUUUUUUUUAUCUUUCUUGUGGUUGCCUGUGUUGAGCCACCAUGGAUGAUGGCACGCCUAUCAAAACCUCCCUGAGUGGUGUUGCUGCUGCCAAUGGGAGUGUCAAGCGGGCCAAGAGCGAGUAUUUGUACAAGAUUCUGGUGAUUGGCGAGUUGGGCACCGGCAAGACCUCGUUCAUCAAACGCUACGUGCACAACUUCUUCAGUGAGAAUUAUCGAGCUACGAUCGGCGUGGAUUUCGCCCUCAAAAUGAUUUCCUGGGAUGACUCCACCGUGAUCAGACUCCAACUUUGGGAUAUUGCAGGCCAGGAACGUUUCAGCAGUAUGACCCGCGUGUACUAUCGCGACUCCGUGGGCGCCUUCAUCCUUUUCGACACAACACGGGCCGAAUCGUUUCAAUGCGUGAACAAAUGGAAGCAGGACUUGGAUAGCAAGGUCACGCUGCCGGAUGGGCGACCCAUUCCCGUGGUGCUCGUGGGCAACAAGUCGGAUCAGCCCAGGUCGGACAACAUCUCCCAAGAGGCCAUCGACACCCUGGUUCGGCAGAAGGGCUUCGUCGACUACUUCGAGGCCUCGGCCAAAGACAAUGUGAACGUAGAGGAGUCGGCGAACGCACUCAUUCAGAAGAUCUUGGACAACGAACGAUGGAAGAAGCACCACCACCAAAUAGGCGACGAGCUCGACGGCCAAGAGGGUUCCACGCUGGGGCCGAGAAUUACCAUGAGUCCGGAGACUCGCAGCUCCGACCAUUGGAAGCCCAAGAAAGGUUCCGAUUGUUCGUGCUGAAUUGAUGUGCCAAUCCGGAAAGAAUAAAAGCCCUGGCCAUUCCUAUUAUUGUACCA